CAUUUUAUAUUUAGUUCAAUAAAACAUCAUACUGAUGGAUGUAUUCCACUGUGACCGGCCAGUGACAUAACGCAACUCUGUUUUGUUUACAUCGUGUGCAGCGAGAACAGGAACACAAAAACCAACACCGCACACCAUGUGGGGAGCGAUGUUUACCCGGUUACGGUCCGCUUGCACCACCACCACCACCGUGAGCGAGCUGGUGGCACGGCUCGGGCCGACUUCACACUUCCACUCACUGACGCAACUGGCCAAGCCGUCCCCACUCGCCAACCAAUGCUCCCGGCAAGCGUUGGCCAGCCCGAACCAGCUGCUACCGACACCGCUACCGCCCCUGCUCAACCUGGUGAGCGGGUUCAAGGUGAAGGGCCGGCUAAAGCGACGCUGCAAGGACUGCUACUUCGUGAUGCGGCAGGAGCGGCUGUACGUGAUUUGUAAAACGCACCCGCGCCACAAGCAGAUGUCCAUGAAAAAGCACGACCACAACACGUGGAUCCUGACGGACGCUACGCAGGGCAAAGCGAGGGCAUGGUAGCAAUCUGCGGGGCAGUCUUAAUAAAAGUUAAUAGUAGGAGUGUGUACGCGAAAUAAACCAUCAUUCAAAUGCA